AUGAACGGUUUCCUUGUCUACUUAGCGACACUGCACGCAGCUCUGUUUGUCGCCUAUUCACAGUCCGAUUCUCAGUUCGGUAAGCCGUGUUCGUCGUCAUAUCAGUGCUGGAGGACAGAGCCGAUCCUAGACGACGGGUUGCCAAUCUCCAUCUCUGCGCCAGUACGAACGAAGCGACUUGAAAUAGCAUCAAGAACUCGAGGAGCACGCUGUCGUUGCACGGAGAACGUAUGCCGCAUGUUCCAUCUUCCCACAGGACUAUAUCUGCCAUGCGAGGAGUUCUAA